GCUGUAACUGUAACUGGUACCUGCGCCGCAACUUCCUCAUUUCCCCCCGCGGUUUCCAUUACGAAGAAGCAAGUGCAGCUGCUCUCGAGUCUGGUGUCUUUCUCCUGCAAACACCAAGCAUCUAAGCAGCAGUUACUUUCUUCUUCCUCCGACCUCGCAGCCACACUUUUACCACAAUUCAACUACUAGUUGAGCUGACCUGUGUACCCCUCCGAAAUUCACCAAAUCUGCCCCGCUCUCAACGCUGCAGAAACAUCUUCACCUAGAACCACUGAACCACUUCACCUAGUUGUCUGGUCACUCUGUCAAAAUGGUCGGCCUGGGUCCUAAACGAAAGCCAUCCCGCAAGGGGUCUAUGGCCGAUGUGCCCAAGAGUCUUCUCGAAGAAAUCCAGAACCUCGAGAACCUCUUCACCGUGAGUGCCGCAACAUUGAAGAAGAUCACCACCCAUUUCGUUUCCGAAUUAGAAGCUGGUCUCGAGCAGGAUGGACGCAAUAUCCCCAUGAAUCCCACUUGGGUCAUGGGUUUCCCAGAUGGACACGAACAAGGCACCUUUUUGGCCCUGGACAUGGGUGGAACCAACCUCCGUGUUUGUGAAAUUACCUUGACCGAGGAAAAGGGAGAGUUCGACAUCAUUCAGAGCAAAUACCGUAUGCCCGAGGAGCUCAAGUCCGGCACUGCAGAGGAAUUGUGGGAGUACGUGGCAGAUUGUUUGGAACAAUUCAUCGAGUACCACCACGAAGAUGAAGACCUCGCCAACCUCCCCCUCGGCUUCACCUUUUCGUAUCCUGCCACCCAAGAGGCUAUUGAUCACGGCGUUCUCCAAAGAUGGACCAAAGGUUUCGAUAUUUCUGGUGUUGAAGGCCAAGACGUGGUGCCUCAAUUCCAAAAAGCCCUCGAAGAAAGAAAACUCCCCAUCAAACUUGCUGCCCUCAUCAAUGACACCACAGGUACCCUAAUCGCCUCCGCCUACACCGACCAGGCCAUGCGUAUUGGAUGUAUCUUUGGCACCGGCUGCAACGCGGCAUACAUGGAGAACUGUGGCUCGAUACCCAAACUCAAGCAUUUGAACCUUCCUGAUGAUCUCCCCAUGGCCAUCAACUGCGAAUAUGGUGCUUUUGACAACGAACACAAAGUGCUACCCAUCACAAAGUACGAUACCAUCAUUGACGAGGAGUCCCCCCGACCCGGGCAACAGGCUUUCGAGAAAAUGAUUGCUGGUUUGUACCUGGGAGAGAUCUUCCGACUUGUCGUCGUGGAUCUGCACGAGAAUAAGAACAUACUAUUUGAAGGACAGGACAUUUCCAAGUUGAAGAAGCCCUACACCCUCGACGCCUCGUUCUUGAGCUUCAUCGAGGAGGAUCCCUUUGAGAACUUGCAGGAGACCCAUGACAUGCUGGAGGAGAAGUUGGGUUUGUCGGCCACGAAACCAGAACUAGAACUUCUUCGAAGACUGGCGGAAUUGAUUGGCACACGUGCCGCACGACUGUCGGCUUGCGGUGUGGCUGCCAUUGUCACAAAGAAGAAGAUGGAGAGCUGCCACGUGGGUGCGGAUGGGUCGGUGUUUAACAAAUACCCACACUUUAAACAACGAGGAGCACAGGCACUACGAGAAAUUCUGGAUUGGCCCAGAGGGAAGAAGGACCCUGUGGUCUUGUCCAGUGCUGAGGACGGUAGUGGUGUGGGUGCGGCCUUGAUUGCUGCCUUGACCAUCAAGAGAAUCAAGGAGGGCAACACGAUGGGUAUCAAGUCCCUGGAGACCCUGCAGAAGUGCGGCUAGAGGACAUGAAGGAUGUUCCAUUGUAGCUACGAGGUAGCUGGGUAUUACAUGUAUCUACCUAGGGUACAUCAUCUCAAGGAAGACAACAUCUUACUACUGUAGAUGAAAUGAUCCAUGAUUACGCCAAGUCUCGGUAGCCUGAACCCUUGGAGACUGAC